UUGCUAUAUAUAUAUAUGAGAAAAAUGAGUGACGCUUGCAUUUUACAAUUUGCGCCAUUUGAAUCGUUUGUGUCGCCCACAUUCUGGCACAAAUUAGCUGAACUGAAAUUGGACUACGAUCGUCUCUCGGAUGCGGAACGCUCAAUUUCUGGCCACUACACAAAUCGUAAGGCGUCUGGCUGUCUGCUCGAGGUUGAUUACACUGCGUACAAUAGUGCGGCGCAGGCACCAAAAUUCAGCCAUGCAGCCGUCGGGCAUAUCUACAAUAAAAACACCAUUGAGGAGUUCAAGGCACUGGACAAGUCAGCGCUGCUGGCAGAUGAGGGCAAACAACUGUUGGCUGACAUGAAAAGCGGCCGAGUGCUGAAUGAUCCUAAUUUAUUGGCGCGUUUCUUUGUGCUGUCGUUUGCCGAUCUCAAGUGCCACAGUUAUUACUACUGGUUCGCCUUCCCCUGCCCCCUGACGCCUACAUUGCAACUGGAAUGCUCCCCGACAAAGCUAAAAGAACUCCACAAUUGUGGACCUAUUGUGGCUGCUAUUCGUGCCUUGCCUGCGGAAUCUCAAAACUUUUUUAUCUUGUAUGCAAAUGAGCGGGAAAAUGUGUGCGAAACACGCAGCUUAAGCGCUGCUUUAACCAAUUUUAAUGAGAGCGAUGCGCAGCAUUAUUAUUACUGCUUUGCGGAUGCCAGCGAGUAUGAGAAUCCGGCCUGGCUAAUGCGCAAUUAUGUCGCCUUUCUGCUGCACCAAUGCCCCACACUUGUUGGACAAACGCUGAAAUUUAUGGGUCUGCGAUACGAUCAGCAAAUGGCAUUGGACAACAGCCUGAUAUGGCAAGUGUUGCAAGCAGAGAAAUGCAACUAUGACGAACUGCGAUUUGUCGGCUGGGAACCGAAUGCCAAUGGCAAAAUGGGUCCACGUUUGGCCAACAUGCGCGACAGCAUGGAUCCAGCCAAAUUGGCCGAGAACAUGAUAAACUUGAAUCUGAAGCUGAUGAAGUGGCGACUGGUGCCGGAUUUGAAUUUGGAAAUCUUGGCGCAAACCAAAUGUCUACUUUUUGGCGCCGGCACUUUAGGCUGUGCCGUGGCUCGCAAUCUGUUGUCUUGGGGCUUCAAGCACAUUACGCUACUGGACAAUGGCAAGGUGGGACAUUCGAAUCCCGUUCGCCAGAGCCUCUACACGCAUGCGGAUGCAGUGGCUGGCAAUCGGAUGAAGGCCACUACGGCGGCAGCGUGUCUACUUAAGAUUAAUCCCAGUGCGGUGACCAAAGGAUUUGUCUUAGAAAUACCAAUGCCUGGCCACACCGUAGGCGAAUCCCUGCGCCUUGAAACUGUACAGCAUUUGCAGCUAAUUGAGCAGCAGGUGCUAGAACAUGAUGUCAUCUUUCUGCUAACCGAUUCGCGUGAGAGCCGCUGGCUUCCCACGCUGCUGGGAGCGUCCCACUCAAAGGUUGUAAUCAAUGCAGCGUUGGGCUUUGACAGUUAUCUAGUGAUGCGUCAUGGCAGCACGCGGCAGGAGUUUGCCGAUGCCCAGCAAAUCCAGCAUAUUGCUGGACUCAAAUGCAUUGCUGGCCAGCAAUUGGGUUGCUAUUUCUGCAAUGAUGUCACCGCGCCCGGCAACUCGCUUAAGGAUCGCACAUUGGAUCAACAGUGCACUGUUACACGACCGGGCGUCUCUAACAUUGCAGCCAGCUAUGCAGUGGAGCUUUUGGUGUCGCUGCUGCAGCAUCCCCAAAGGGAAAUGGCGCCCGCCUACUAUGCCAACAGUCGCGAACAGCAGAAUACGGAGGCGCAACAACCCGAGGGACUGCUGGGCAUCUUGCCGCACUCCGUACGCGGAAUGCUGUGCAACUAUGAGAACGUUUUGCCAGCCACACAAAAGUUUGCGCAGUGUAUUGCCUGCUCGGAGCGUGUUUUGGCGGCCUAUCGCAGCGAGGGACAUGCAUUUUUGUUUAAAACAUUCGAAACGGCCAAGUAUUUGGAGGAUUUAACUGGCAUUUCUGAGUUUAAGCGACUCAAUAGUGAAAUAAUCGACUUCGAUGAAGAUCAAUUUGAUUUGUCCGAGGCUGAGGAUGAUUAGCUCAACUUAGUCAUUGCAUUUAAUAUUGUACUUAAGCUGUUCAAUACCAAAAAAAUAUGUGUUUUUUCUUGUGUAGUGCUUUUAAAUGUACUUGUGUAAUGAAAUAUGUUUCUUAUAUAUGUAUGUCAGAAGGCUCUCAUAGCUGUAUUUCACUUAUUUACACGUAAAUAACUGAACCACAAGGUUAGUGCGAGGAGUGCUUAUAAUGCUUAUAAUAUUUGCAUCCAGAAACCAUUUUGCAAUUUAUAUUUUAGUAUCAGCCCAAGCAGAGAUGGUUGACAAUUAUAUAGAUUGGAUUGUGCGACAAAUAUUUUCUGGUAAAUUGCUAGAAUUCGCAAGCAUAUAUUGUCAUUUAAUACGAAAAUAGUGUUCAGCGGUUUUUUAAAUUUUAUAAUUGAUCCGCAACUUUGUGCAGAUUACUU